CCUCCUUUUCAGCUGAGCAUCUCUGAGAACCUGGACCAAGCAGGGGCCCUGGCUGUUUUAUUUCUUUUCUUUUUUCUUCUUUUUUUUUUUUGUUUUUUUAACAUCCUCUUCUCCAUCAGUGGAUGAAAGGAUCAACUCUGGGCCAUGAGUCUGUCCCUACUCCUGGUUUUUGUCUCUGUCACUCCCGUUGCUGUGCAGCUAUUGGACACUAGGCAGUUUUUAAUCUACAAUGAGGAUCACAAGCGCUGUGUGGAAGCAAUCAAUCCCAGUGCGGUCCAAACUGCGGUUUGCAACCCGAAUGCUGAAUCCCAGAAAUUCCGAUGGGUAUCCGAAUCCCAGAUUAUGAGUGUUGCUUUUAAGUUAUGCUUGGGGGUGCCAUCCAAAACCGAUUGGGUUCCUGUCACUCUAUAUGCCUGUGACUCGAAAAGCCAAUUUCAGAAAUGGGAGUGCAAAAAUGACACACUUUUUGGGAUCAAGGAUGAAGAUUUAUUUUUCAACUAUGGCAAUAGACAAGAAAAGAAUAUUAUGCUUUACAAGGGAUCUGGUUUAUGGAGCAGAUGGAAGAUCUAUGGAACCACAGAUCAUCUAUGCUCUAGAGGUUAUGAAGAUUUGUACACGCUGCUGGGCAAUGCAAAUGGGGCCGCCUGCGCAUUUCCAUUCAAGUUUGAAAACAAGUGGUACGCAGAUUGCACAAGUGCCGGGAGGUCAGAUGGAUGGCUCUGGUGUGGAACCACCACAGACUACGACACUGAUAAGCUCUUUGGAUUCUGUCCAUUGAAAUUUGAGGGCAGUGCAAACUUAUGGACUGAAGAUCCAUUGACCAACGUUCUUUACCAGAUAAACUCCAAAUCUGCUUUGACUUGGCACCAGGCAAGGAAGAGCUGUCAACAACAGAAUGCUGAGCUCCUGAGUGUCACAGAGAUUCAUGAGCAAACAUACCUGACAGGAUUAACCAGUUCCUUGACUUCAGGACUCUGGAUUGGGCUUAACAGUCUGAGUUUCACCACUGGUUGGCAGUGGAGUGGUGGCAGUCCAUUCCGAUAUUUGAACUGGUUACCAGGAAGCCCAUCAACUGAACCUGGAAAAAGCUGUGUGUCACUAAAUCCUGGAAAAAACGCUAAAUGGGAAAACCUGGAAUGUGUUCAGAAACUAGGCUACAUAUGUAAAAAGGGCAACAAUACUUUGAAUACUUUCAUUAUUCCUUCAGAAAGUGAUGUGCCUACUAAGUGUCCUAGUCAAUGGUGGCCAUAUGCAGGCAACUGUUACAAGAUUCACAGAGAACAGAAGAAAAUCCAGAGGGAUGCUUUGACUGCAUGUCGGAAGGAAGGUGGUGACCUCGCAAGUAUCCACACCAUUGAGGAGUUUGAUUUCAUUUUCUCCCAGCUGGGAUAUGAGCCAAAUGAUGAGUUGUGGAUUGGCUUAAAUGACCUCAAGAUUCAAAUGUACUUUGAGUGGAGUGACGGGACUCCUGUAACAUUUACCAAAUGGCUUCGUGGAGAACCAAGCCAUGAGAACAACAGGCAGGAAGACUGCGUUGUGAUGAAAGGGAAGGAUGGGUACUGGGCAGAUAUGGCCUGUGAGAAGCCACUUGACUACAUCUGUAAGAUGAAAUCACAAACCCAAGCUCCAGAAACAGAGGAAGCAGAAACAGGCUGCCGGAAAGGCUGGAAAAGGCAUGGCUUUUACUGCUAUAUGAUUGGACACACACUUUCAACAUUUGCAGAAGCCAACCAAACAUGCCAAAAUGAGAAAGCUUAUUUGACAACGGUUGAAGACAGAUAUGAACAAGCAUUCCUGACUAGUUUGGUUGGAUUGAGGCCUGAAAAAUAUUUUUGGACAGGACUUUCGGAUAUACAAAACAAAGGGACCUUUCAGUGGACAGUGGAGGAGGAGGUGCGGUUCACCCACUGGAAUUCAGAUAUGCCAGGGCGAAAGGCAGGAUGUGUUGCCAUGAGAACUGGGCUUGCAGGGGGUUUAUGGGAUGUAUUGAAAUGUGAUGAAAAGGCAAAAUUUGUGUGCAAGCACUGGGCAGAAGGAGUAACUCGGCCACCAGAGCCCACGACAACCCCCGAGCCCAAAUGUCCAGAGGAGUGGGGUUCCACCAGUAAAACAAGCUUGUGUUUCAAGCUGUUUGCAAAAGGAAAACAUGAGAAGAAAACAUGGUUUGAAUCUCGAGAUUUUUGUAGAGCUCUGGGUGGAGAGCUAGCCAGCAUCAACAACAAAGAGGAGCAGCAAAUCAUAUGGCGAUUAAUCACGACUAGUGGAAACUACCAUGAACUGUUUUGGCUUGGAUUGACGUAUGUAAGUCCUUCAGAGGGGUUCACCUGGAGUGAUGGUUCUCCUGUUUCAUAUGAAAACUGGGCUUAUGGAGAACCUAAUAAUUAUCAAAAUGUUGAGUACUGUGGUGAGCUGAAGGGUGAGCCUGGUAUGUCCUGGAAUGAUAUUAACUGUGAACAUCUUAACAACUGGAUUUGCCAAAUACAAAAAGGAAAAACCUUACAACCAGAGCCAACACCGGCUCCUCAAGACAAUCCACCAGUCACUGAGGAUGGGUGGGUUAUUUACAAAGACUACCAGUAUUAUUUUAGCAAAGAGAAGGAAACCAUGGACAAUGCUCGAGCAUUCUGCAAGAGGAAUUUCGGUGAUCUCGUUUCUAUUAAAAGUGAAAGCGAAAAGAAGUUUCUAUGGAAAUAUAUAAACAGGAAUGGUGUGCAGACACCAUAUUUUAUUGGUUUAUUGAUCAGUUUGGAUAAGAAGUUUACUUGGAUGGAUGGAAGUAAAGUGGAUUAUGUGGCUUGGGCCACAGGUGAACCCAAUUUUGCAAAUGAGGAUGAAAACUGUGUAACCAUGUAUACAACUUCAGGGUUUUGGAAUGACAUUAACUGUGGCUAUCCAAAUGCCUUCAUUUGCCAGCGACACAACAGCAGCAUUAAUGCCACUGUUAUGCCUACUACGCCCCCCAGUCCAGGUGGCUGUAAAGAAGGUUGGAGUUGGUACAAUAACAAGUGUUUCAAAAUCUUUGGAUUUGCUGAAGAAGAAAGAAAAAAUUGGCAAGAGGCACGAAAAACUUGCAUCGGAUUCAAAGGAAAUUUGGUAUCCAUACGCAAUGAAAAAGAGCAAGCAUUUCUUACCCAUCUCAUGAAGGACUCCACUUUUAAUGCCUGGACUGGGCUGAAUGAUGUGAAUUCAGAGCACACGUUCCUUUGGACAGAUGGGCGAGGAGUUCAUUAUACAAACUGGGGGAAAGGUUACCCUGGUGGAAGAAGAAGCAGUCUUUCUUAUGAAGAUGCUGACUGUGUUGUUAUCAUUGGAGGCAAAUCAAGAGAUGCAGGAAUGUGGAUGGAUGAUACCUGUGACAGUAAGCGAGGCUAUAUAUGCCAGACUGAUCCUGAUCCUUCUUUGCCUUAUUCUCCAACACCAACCCCAAAGGGUGGCUUUAUUAAAUAUGGUGAAAGCAGCUAUUCACUCAUGAAAUUGAAGUUAACAUGGUAUGAUGCCGAGACAUAUUGCAAGAAUUCCAAUUCUCUCAUUUCUAGUAUUCUGGAUCCCUACAGCAAUGCAUUUGCAUGGAUGCAGAUGUAUGCGUUUAAUGUACCUGUGUGGAUUGCUCUGAACAGUAAUUUGACCAAUAAUGAAUAUGUUUGGACUGAUAAAUGGAGGAUGAGGUACACUAAUUGGGCAGCCGAUGAGCCAAAGAUGAAAUCAGCAUGUGUUUACCUAGAUGUUGAUGGUUACUGGAAGACAUCAAACUGCAACGAAAGUUUUUACUUUCUCUGCAAAAGAUCAGAUGAAAUACCUGCCACUGAACCCCCACAACUGCCUGGCAGAUGUCCAGAGUCAGAGCACUCUGCAUGGAUUCCUUUCCAUGGUCACUGCUACUAUAUUGAGUCUUCAUUUACAAGGAACUGGGGUCAAGCUUCUCUAGAGUGUCUUCGAAUGGGUUCCACUCUGGUUUCCAUUGAAAAUGCUGCUGAAUCCAGUUUUCUGUCAUAUCGGGUUGAACCUCUUAAAAGUAAAACCAAUUUUUGGAUAGGACUGUUCAGAAAUGUUGAAGGGAUGUGGCUCUGGAUAAACAACAAUCCAGUUUCCUUUGUCAACUGGAAUACUGGAGAUCCCUCUGGUGAACGAAAUGAUUGUGUAGCUGUAGACGCAUCUUCUGGGUUUUGGAAUAAUAUUCACUGUUCUUCCUACAAAGGAUAUAUUUGUAAAAGACCAAAAAGUAAAGUAAUUUUGGUUUCUCAAUAUGUUUAUAAUGGGAUAUUCAUGCCGAUGGAUUUGCAAAACUGCAAUCGAUUUGGACAGCCCAUUUACAAAGCCCUACUGUACAAGGGGAAAGGGUAUUGUGUGCUAUUGCAUAACCCUGUCUCUCUCUCCACUUGUUUCCUAAUGAUUUUAUUUAUAGCUGACUCAAGGAAGAUGGAACCUUCCAAACCAUCUUCCAACGUGGCAGGAGCUGUGGUCUUUGUGAUCCUCCUGAUUCUAGUGGGUGCUGGCAUUGCUGCCUAUUUCUUGUAUAAGAAAAGACGUGUGCACCUACCUCAAGAGGGUACCUUUGAGAACACUCUCUAUUUUAACAGCCAGUCCAGCCCAGGAACCAGUGAUAUGAAAGAUCUCAUGAGCAACAUUGAACAGAAUGAACACAUGGUCAUCUAGUAUCAUAAUGUGAUUUUGUUAUGUUUGAAUUUCAAAAAAUUUGUAACUAAAGUUUUAAAUUCUUCAACUCAAUGUGAUUGUUCCUUUUAAAAGUGUGUACUGUAUUAUAAUAAAUAAUCUGUUCUUUUUCUCUGCCUAA